GAUGUCAAACCACGCUAAGAAUGAAAGUAUUCAACGGGGAGCUGUCAUGGAUUAUGAUAAACAGUUUCAGGAAGACUUAGAGAGAGCACAAGCUCUAAGUUUGGAAAGUUUGGCCUUGGAGAAAUUUAAACUCCAAAAACAGUUAGAGUGCUCUAAUAAUUUUUUCACCGCCCAACAAUGUAGUCAGUCUAAUAGCAGUAAUGUUUCUGAAGUAGAUAGUUCGACUUCUAUGGACAAAUUACAAUUAAGAAGCAGACCAAGGCCUGGAGGUACACAGUCAAAAAAUUCCCCCAUAAUAGCUCCACCGCCGAUACCUAGUCGGCGUAAUUCAACAACAACAGUCGGCCCAGCAUCCUCCAACACAACCGACCUAAUUAAUUUCACCAGUCCCGUUAAAUCGGAGUCUAGUUUGGAUGACUAUUGUAGCAGCACAAUUGCGUCAGCUGUCCCGACGAUAUCGCAGCCUUCUAUCGAGCCCAAGUGGGAUACACACCCGUCACUUCUCAAAAGAACAACAAGAGUUUCGAGAAGCAACAGCUCAGCAGCGGCGUACCAGACCCAUGACUUUCGCUAUCACUCGCCUUCUCCCGGACCUCGCGCUUCUACUGCGCCAUGCACACCUGGCACUCCGGGAAUUAGCCCGGUGAUAACGCAAGCCGAGAGUGUCGGUGACGGUAUUCCACAGAUCCCACCACUACCAAUGAACUACCGCCCACCUCUAACCGGCCCACCUGCAACCAAGCCAAUUUUCCCCAUCGAAGACAACCAGCUCCAAGUAUUAAAAGUAAUUGAAAAAAAGCCAAAUAAUAACCUGAUAGAUCUGAGUGCAUUUGAAAACCCCGAAGACAAAACAAAUGUCCGAGUAAGCGUCCUAGAAGCCUUUGACCCCCUACUCAUAAAGACUGAAGCACUAAAAGAACCAACCCCUUCAAAAAAUGAACCGAGCCAAACCGACGGCUCAGUAUACGACCCAUUCGACCCUUUCGACUACAUGUACAGCACAAACGAGAGCAUAAGCUCCGACCCAGUUUACGCAGCAGUAGAAAAAACCCCAACUUCUCCAGCAGUCUCUCCCGCAGCUCCACCAUUACCUCCCCGAAAUUCCUCAGCCUGGAACACGAUAGAAAAACGCCGUACGUCCCUAGACCGCCGACGAAAGCGCCAAACUCGCCUCUACGAAAAUAUCACCGUCGUAAAAGCCCGAGCCUCUUUACAAGACUGCGAUCUCAAAGCGUUCCACCUGAUGAUCAAAUCCAUAAGAAGCGAGUUUCCCUUUAACGAUCCCAACACAAACAUCGGCCACGUGAUCAGUCCCAUGAUGGAGAAUCUUUACCCCGACGGGACCAGCAUUAAGCUUGUAGUCCACCCUCAAUUGGUGGGUGGGUCAGACAAUUCAGACAACCCAGUAGCACCGUCCAUUAAUUUUACUUGCAACGUAUCUUGCAGCGUAGAGCAUGUAAUUCUUAAUGUAGCUUGCUCGUUAGAAGACAAUAUUGUAAAUGCAGACAAAUACUGCCUAAGAGUCUGGGGUCUGGCUGAAUAUUUAGCUCCCAACACCACUUUAGCGCAGUACGAGUACAUUCAUCAGUGCAUCAAACUCGAAAAGGACAUUGAAUUGGCGAUAAUUACCCGAGCGCAGAUAAAAAGAUCCAUUGCCAGGUCUCUGCAAGACGACAAUAGAGAUCAAGAUUUAAAAUUGGAAGAUAUCCUACCCAACGAACCUCUGGAGCCAAUUUCUUACGACACGUUGAUUAUUUUAUUAGAGACAGUUGAAAAAGAAAUGGAACGUGUUGAAACAGCUGCUAUUCAAUUAGCAGCACCUAAUCACAGUUCUAGUCUUUUGCCACAAUUACAACCCCGAGGGGUUGUUCAGUCCGUUAAAGCUGUUUGCGCGCUAAUGGGAAAUAUUGAAACUUACGAAAUUACAGAAGCGGUGGAUAAUUUUGUUAAUGCUUGUUGCCAAUUUUUACCCCAAAUGCACACGACUAAUAUUGAGUGUAAAAAGCCGGAGAUUUUGCAUGAAGAUGGUGAUUACUCGGUUGUUACUUUGAGGACAAAAUUUCCUGAGCUUCUGGGGUCGCAUUGCCAUAAAAUUCGCGAUGCUAUUCAAGAUCUUGUUGAGACUUACUGCAAUGCCUUCAGAGUUGAUUUUCAUAAAUUGCGCGGGGAAUAUUUGGCAAAUAGUCUGGUGUCUUCGGAGGUGUUGGACACUGUGCUAGUAAGAGUGGGAGCUUUGCAUAGAAUUCCUAACUCUUGGAAGCACGAUGAUUAUAUUGUAGCUGCGCAAAUUUUCCACGGAACAAGACCAGUUGGUAAUCCGGUGCUUUCUGAGCCAAUGACGCUCAAUGUCAAUUUUUACUCGAGAAUUUUAUUUAAUACCUGGCUGGAAUUUCGCGGGUUAAGUGUUUGUCAAGUUCCGCGUGAAGCGAGGUUGGUUUUGGUGAUUUAUGGGCGCACUUUGCAGCCUACUGAGCAUGAUAAUAAUUCGGGAGAAGGUUCGAUGCAAAAAGAGGAGCUUGGAUGGGGUGCAAUACAAUUUUUUGACUAUGAUGGGGUCAUGAGCCAAGGGAACUUUUUUUUGUCACUCUGGCCAGCGGCUGCUGAUAAAAGACUAGGACCUGCUCCGGCUCCAGGGAUCCAUCCUUAUGGAGAGACCAAUCCGAUAAUUGGACUAGAACUCCCGGAUUAUGGAGGAAGGGUGCUUUUUCCUACGGAAUUGAGAGACCAUGAUGUAGAGUCGCUGGAUAUUAAUUUGCUGGAUCAAAAUACUAAGGAGCUAUUGAUUGAUAUUUGCCAGCAGGAUACUUUCUCUAGGCCGCCGAUUGAUGAAAGGGAAAUUUUGUGGGAAAAAAGACACUACUUGCAUGAAAUUCCGGAAGCUCUGCCGAAAGUCUUGUUGGCUGCUCAUAGCUGGGACUGGGCUUGUUUGCCAGAUCUUCACGCUUCGCUGAGAGUUUGGAGCCCGCUUCCACCUGUUCAAGCGCUUCAAUUACUACUUCCUUGUUUUCCGGAUAUUAAAGUUAGGGAGAUGGCAGUCGGGUGGAUUAGAGAGUUGAGUAAUGAUGAGCUGGUGGAUUAUCUUCCGCAGUUGCUUCAGGCGCUGAAGCAUGAGACUUAUGAAGCUUCGCCGCUGGCGAGGUUUUUGUUGGAAAGGGCGCUACUGUCGCCGAGGGUCGCGCAUCAUAUUUAUUGGCUUUUGACGCAGUCUCUUCCUGGGCAGAGUCCUCAGAAUUCUGGUGAAUCAUCACAAGAAGAUGACCGAAGUAUAAGUUUCACUCGGUACCAAAGAAGACUACAAUUAAUGCUUCGCGCGCUGCUGGCAGUAAUUGGCGAAGCUUUGAGAAAUAGUUUUCUUACUCAGCAAUUAUUAGUCAAAAAUCUCAAUGAAAUUGCUGAAAAUAUAAAAACAACUAAAGAAUCAUUAAGAAUGGAAUCAUUAAAGUUAGGAUUGCAAAAUAUACAUGGUCAAUUGGCUGAAGAUGAGGGUACUUGUUUGCCUUUGUCACCCAGCAGACAAGUAUUUGGAAUAAAUAUCCAAACUUGUUCAUAUUUUCCAUCAUUUACAUUGCCAUUAAAAAUAAGCUUCAUAAGCUGCGACAAUGUCAUUAGUCCGGCGAUAUUUAAAGUUGGAGAUGAUUUGCAGCAAGAUAUGUUGACGAUUCAAAUGGUAAGAAUAAUGGACAAAUUAUGGCUCAAAGAGGGUUUGGAUUUAAAGAUGGUGACAUUCGCUUGUGUGCCUACGGGAAAUAAACGAGGAAUGAUUGAGAUGGUGACCAAUGCUGAAACUUUGAGAAAAAUUCAAGUUGAGUUCGGUCUCACCGGGUCUUUUAAGGACAGACCUAUCGCCGAGUGGCUUGCCAAACAUAAUCCUUCGGAAUUGGAGUAUGAAAGAGCGGUGGAAAAUUUUACUCGCUCCUGCGCGGGUUACAGUGUCGCUACUUAUAUCCUGGGAAUUUGCGACAGGCACAAUGACAAUAUUAUGCUCAAGACCUCGGGUCAUUUAUUUCAUAUUGACUUUGGAAAAUUUUUAGGCGACGCGCAAAUGUUUGGUAACUUUAAAAGGGAUCGAACGCCGUUCGUACUGACUUCAGAUAUGGCGUAUGUGAUAAAUGGAGGUGAUAAACCAUCAGCUAAAUUCCAUAACUUUGUAGAUUUGUGCUGUCAAGCUUUUAACAUCGUUCGGAAACAUGGAAAUCUUAUUCUACAUUUAUUUGGACUGAUGACAUCUUCUGGGAUUCCCGGCGUGACGAUGGAUGCUGUGAGUUACGUACAAAAAGCUCUUCUGCCAGGACAAACAAAUCCUGAAGCUGCUGCGACUUUCGCGAGGAUGAUUGAAAGCUCGCUUAAAAAUUGGUUCACUCAGUUCAACUUUUUCCUUCACAAUUUGGCACAGUUGAGGUUCACCGGUGAUCACAAUGACGGUGAACUUUUGUCAUUUAUCCCACGUACAUACACAAUGCAGCAAGAAGGACAACUUACAAGUGUACAAGUUCAUGGCUACCAAAAACGCUACGACCCGGAGAAAUAUUACAUGUAUAUUUUGAGAAUUCAGAGAAAGGGUCAGCCAGACCCGACUUACUUAUUCCGUUCGUACAAAGAAUUCUGUGAAUUUUAUCAGAAACUGUGCAUCCACUUUCCUCUUGCCAAAGUAGCUAGUUUACCGAAUGGUAUGAGCGUAGGCAGAUCAAAUAUCAAACAAGUAGCAGAUAAACGACGAGCAGAUAUCGAAAAAUUUUUACUUAGCCUAUUUAAAAUGGCACCUGAAAUAUCACAAAGUGACCUUGUUUAUACAUUUUUUCACCCGCUUCUUCGAGAUCAGCAAAAUGCUGAUAUUCAUCUUCGUAAAGUAAAAGUAGGAAAUUGGUGGGCCGAGAAGAGAGUCAGAGACAACAUUCAAUGCGGACAAAUAAAACUAUCCUUACACUACAGCCGUGGUACAUUAUCAGUAAUGAUUCACCACGCCAGAGGCUUGCCAAAGGUUGCCAAUGCUCAAGAGCCGAAUACUUAUGUAAAAGUAUACCUCAAGCCAGACCCGACAAAAGCAACCAAACGAAAGACAAAAGUAGUUAAAAAAAACUGUCAUCCAUCAUUUAUGGAAAUGCUGGAGUACAGAAUGCCGCUGGAUGUUGUCAAAGAGCGGACACUUGAAGCAACUAUUUGGAAUCAUGAUACUUUGCAAGAAAAUGAAUUUCUCGGUGGUAUCCGCUUGCCUCUCGGUCAUUUCGAGCUUACUAACGAAACUAUUGAGUGGUUUCCUCUUGGUAGCAUUCGAUAA